AUGGCAGUUCCACGAUUUCAGUAUCGGGAUCCCCCGGCGGAACACAGCCAUCCCAGCGAGAUUGUGAAUCCAUCUGCAAUUAUAAAUCCACCUGAAAUGCGAUCUGGAAGAGAAACAUCUUUGUCGGAGGAGCCUCCAGCGGUUCUCAACUCACAACAGAUAGUGGCGCGACAAGUUGUUGAGAAAGACCUGCCAAUGUUCAACGGAAAUCCGGCAGAUUGGCCGAUGUUUAUUAACAGUUUGGAACAGUCUACCGUUGCAUGUGGAUAUUCAAACGCGGAAAAUCUCGUGCGGUUACAACGAUGCCUCACAGGACAUGCCCGGGAAACGGUACGCAGCAGACUUCUACUUCCAGCUAAUGUACCUCACGUUAUCAAUACACUUCGAACACUCUACGGCCGCCCUGAACUACUAAUUAGGUCACUCCAUGAACAGAUUAGAAGAACGCCGGGCCCUAGACAGGACAGGCCUGAAAGUAUUCUCGAGUUCGGAUUAGCGGUCCAAAAUUUUGUCGACCAUUUACAAGCCGCGCAACAGCAGGAGCAUCUCUCUAAUCCGAUGCUGAUGCAAGAGCUGGUGGAGAAACUACCCGGUUCUAUGCGGAUGGACUGGGCCGUAUUUAAAGGAACACAACCACGUGCUACCGUUUUGACAUUCGGCGAAUUUAUGUCGAAGCUCGUAAGCGCGGCUAGCGAAGUUAGUUUCGAGCUUCCGGGACUUUUCAAAAGCCAAAAUGCCGGGAAGCAAGGACAUUCAGCAAGAGUACAGGAAAGAGUACGAAUUCAAACGCAUUCCACGGAGGAGGCCCCUCGUGUCCAGAAAACGGGUGCGAACACGAAGAAAAUUGUGAAACAGUGUAUAGUUUGCGAUCGCGAAGGGCAUAGAGUUGCUGAAUGUCUGAAGUUUAAGCAGUUGAGCGUAGAUGAACGGUGGAAGACAAUGCAAAGCAAAGGUUUGUGCAGAACGUGUCUGAACAGCCACGGUAAGUGGCCAUGUAAGUCGUGGCGCGGAUGCGGGGUUGAAGGAUGUCAGUUAAAACAUCACACACUACUGCAUUCGUCGUCUGUGCCAGCAACAUCGACUCAUUCAGUGAACAUUUCAUCAAGUCUGGUUCCAUGCGACCAAGACCAGACACUAUUCCGGAUCAUCCCGGUUGUCCUCUAUGGAAAAAGGAAGAGUAUCACCAUAUAUGCGUUUAUAGAUGAGGGUUCACAGAUAACUAUGUUAGAGGAAAAGGUAGCCAAGGACCUUGGCGUCACGGGCCCUAUGAGACCACUCACACUACAGUGGACAGGGAACGUGAAGCGCAACGAGAUGCGUUCACAGGAAGUGAGCUUGCAAAUAGCAGGUAAGAGCAGUAACAAACGGCUGGAACUUCGUCAAGCUCGUACGGUGAGCUGUUUGGUCUUGCCCACACAACGGUUGGACUACCGCGAAUUAAGCAAUCGUUUUCCACACCUGAAGGGAUUACCGGUAGAAGGGUACGAUCAUGUUCGACCAAAGUUGUUAAUCGGGCUUGACAAUCUUCGCCUUGGUGUACCGUUAAGAUUACGCCAAGGAGGACCACAUGAUCCUAUCGCAGCCAAAUGUCUUCUUGGUUGGAGUAUAUACGGCAAUGUGUCAGCCAACCCAACGCCGACCGUUGCUGUUAACUUUCACACUGCGGCUGUAGCGAAGUCUGAAGAGUUACUAAACGAGCAGCUACGAGAUUACUUCACAUUGGAAAGCUGUGGAAUCGCGACUCCUGCUGAUAAACUCGAAUCCGAAGAUGAUAAAAGAGCAAGGCGGAUACUCGAAGCAACGACACGGCGGAUUGACACCGGAUUCCAAACAGGUCUCCUCUGGAAAUUGGACAAUCCAGAGUUUCCGGACACCUAUCCCAUGGCACUACGUCGUAUGAAAUCACUAGAGAAAAAGCUGCAGAAUGAUUCAACGAUGAUGCAGCGAGUACAACAGCAGUUAAAUGAUUUCGAACAGAAAAACUACAUACACAAGGUUAGCGAGACAGAGUGGACUACUAUCGAUCAACGGAGAGCUUGGUUUCUUCCUUUGGGAGUUGUCACAACACCAAAAAAACCGGGCAAGAUCAGAUUGAUCUGGGAUGCCGCAGCAAAAGUUGGAGGCGUUUCUUUUAACUCCUAUUUGUUGAAAGGUCCCGAUCUACUUACACCUUUACCGAGAGUCCUCAGUGGAUUUCGCCUGUUUCCAGUAGCCGUUUCUGGGGACAUUAGGGAGAUGUUUCUCCAAAUUAAGCUACAGCCGAAAGACAGAAAUACUCAACUGUUCCUGUUUCGCCACAGCCCACACGAAGCAGUGCAGACCUAUGCAAUCGACGUCACUAUGUUUGGGUCAACGUGCUCACCAUCCUCGGCUCAAUACGUCAAAAACGUAAACGCCGAACAGUUUUCCCGAUACUAUCCUCGAGCUGCAGUCGCCAUCAAGGAACACCAUUAUGUCGACGACUAUCUCGACAGUUUUAGAACAGUUGACGAGGCGGUACGAAUGAUAAACGACGUCAAGCACGUUCACUCCAAAGGUGGCUUCGAGAUACGUAACUUCUUGUCCAACAGAGCCGAAGUACUGAGACGAACUGGGGAGAUCGAACCAGGACCGUCAAAGGAUUUCGCUCUCGUGCGAGCAGAAAUCAUCGAAUCCGUGCUAGGAAUGAGAUGGCUGCCAGAGGAGGAUGUUUUCUCCUACACGCUAGCAUUGCGAAGCGAUCUGCGACCGAUUCUGAACGAACAACACGUUCCCUCGAAACGAGAAGUUCUUAAGGUGGUCAUGAGCCUGUUUGACCCCUUGGGCUUCUUGUCAUUCUUUCUGGUGCACAGUGUUGAUGCAAGACGUUUGGGCAUCCGGAAUUGCUUGGGAUGA